AUGUCAUCACAACUCAAUAACCUGGAGGGGUCCCAAGAGGACAUCAAACGAAAUGAGAGCGAGCAAUGCGCUAUCUGCUUCGAGGGCUUCGUCGAAAAGACGACCAUUCUUCCUUGCGAACAUAAGACAUGUUAUGAUUGCAUCGGCAAGACGAUGUCAGCGCAAACAAUAUCCAGCAAGACAUGUCCCUUCUGUCGCGGAGAAAUCGUUGAACUGAGUCGCACAGUCGUUGAGAAGAUAUCAAGCGGUCAGACCUUGGAUGAGGAAGCGGGGCCGUACAUUGAGCUGCCAUCUAUGCCUGAUUUCGAAGCCGAAAGAGAAGAAUUACGAGUUGAAGCAGCACGGUUGGAAAUGAAACAAGAGAGUCUUCGCCGUCGAAUGGACUUUCACGAACGAAUCAGGGUUUUGGAGUUCCGCUUUCUCAUGCUUACCCGCAACGAACGAUUUCUUAACGUUCGAUUACCCCGAGCAAGAGAAGCGGUAGACCGUAUAUUAGACUCCAGUCUCAAUAUACAGAUAUCAAUGGGUCAAGUUCGCUCAUCGGAUUAUCGCAGGGACAGUCAUACUUUUGAGAUUGUGGACCGCCUCACUAGUCCUUUACGCGUACGACUGCACAUGCUUCAAGAGCAAACCCUUUCACUCAGGGAUGAGUAUGACAACAGAAUUAGGGAUGCCGCGCUCGAAGAGAAUCUAGAAUCUGUCCAAAAUCUAUUUGAUGAUUAG